AUGAUAGAAAUGUCCAUGAGUUACACCACCAAUAAUCCAUUAUUGGAGCCCUUACACACAUCGUUUACCCUUAACAUGAUAAGUCCCAUCUAUUGGUUAAUUGUGCUCUUUGAACUUACCGAGGACGAAGAUCUCCAAGCUUGCGUUUCCGAUUUACGGAAGAUGAAUGUCAUUGAUGUGCAAAGAGUGUUGCGUCAGAUACCAGAUACUCGUGAUCACAGGUGUUCACAUAAAUUUCCCUUAUUGGCAGAACAGAAUAUAAAAGUAUCCAUAAUUAUAACCUACCACAAUGAAUCUCUGACGACCCUGUUAACUACAAUAUUCUCAAUUUAUCGGAGAACUCCGCUGGAAUACCUACAGGAGAUUAUUAUAAUUGACGACUACAGCGAUGGUGGUUUCACAUUUAAAUCGCUUAGCGAACUCAUGUGUCCACCAUUCAAUAACCACACCCUGCUGAGGAUGCAACGCAAUCACCAGCGCUGGGGUCUAAUCAAAUCUCGCAACAUGGGCGCCCUAAUGGCGCGAGGCAACUAUUUGAUGUUUAUGGACAGUCACUGUGAAGUGAAUCGACAAUGGCUGGAAUCUCUAUUGCACGCCAUGCUGUCCUCUGCCAAUGCCAGAGUGGCAGUCAGUCCACUGCUGGACAACAUCGAUGUGGUAACGGGCGAGUAUAAAACUACCGAGGCAUCCAUAAAAGGUGGUUUUGAUUGGAAUUUACAUUUCCAUUGGAUUGCGAGAGAUAACAAUUUAAAUCCUUUUACAACUUUUAGAUCUCCUACGUUCGCUGGCGGCGUAUUUCUGAUUUCACGAAAUUGGUUUUUUAAAUUGAAAGCUUUUAACACUCGUCUGGAGUUUUGGGGUGGUGAGUCCUUGGAGUUCUCUCUGAAACUUUGGAUGUGCGGUGGAGAAAUUCUCAUAGACCCCUGCAGCAGAGUGGGUCAUAUAUUUCGCAAGGAACACAUUUUCAAAUUUCCCGAUGAUGAUGGCCAGCAAAUAUAUUUAAGAAACUCCAGAGUGAUUGCCGAGACCUGGUUAGACCACUACAAGCAUAAUUUUUACAAUAGAAAACCCGCAGCACGUUAUGUUCCGCUUAACAUUUCCCGCUCAGAGAUAAGGGACUUCAAAGAAUCUUUGGACUGUCAUACCUUCGAUUGGUAUUUGGAUAAUGUGUUUCCUGAGCUAAGACUAUCGAACAACAUAUCAGCCUAUGGGACCCUCUCAAGUACGUCAACUUCACCCGAACUAUGUCUACACCAUGAUCUCAAUGAAUUGUACGACGAUGAUACACCUUUGGUUGCGGUUUCCUGUUUUGUCACAAAUGUUACGAAAUGGUUUCUGCUGAAAUCAUCCUUGCAACUUAAAUCCGACAAAGGACUGUGUUUGACGUUUAAAGGAGAUCAAAGUCUAACAAUGGCCAAAUGUUUGGGGAGGUAUAAACAGAAAUGGCUACGAUUUGGUUUACAACUGAAACAUUUAAUGACUGGACUGUGUCUGGAGAUUACAAUUGACUUCAAGUUCACCAUGAAUCGAUGCCGAAUGGAGGCUCCUACUCAACAUUUUAGAUUUUUUCGAGAAGUAGAACGAUUUUAA